AUGUUGGGUUUGGAUAUAGCCUCGAAGCGGAAGAGGCAACUCAGCGACUAUCCUUACCGAUUAGACUACAGGACUCGAUGGUCUGACAACGAUGUCUACCAUCACAUGAACAACAGCAUCUACUCCUUUUUGAUUGACUCCAUUGUCAAUGCAUACCUAAUAGAGAAAUGCGGCUUGGAUCCUGCCCGCUCCAAUCAAGUCGGCUUAGUUGUCAGCACGUAUUGCGACUACUUUGGCUCUGUUGGAUAUCCGUCAGUGCUCGAAUUGGGGUUAAGAGUCGUUAAAUUGGGCAAAUCGAGUGUCAUGUAUGAAGUGGGCAUCUUUGAAAGAGGUCAAAAUCAAGUGAAAGCCGUGGGAGGUUCCAUCCACGUCUUCGUAGAAUCGAUAGGGCGACGACCAUCCAAGGAUGGAAUGGACCCUCGAAUGAGAGAGGGCCUGGCGCAGAUUCUCGAGAAGGACACGCCAAAAUUAUAG